AGUCUUAUAAAUUAUCUCUUUCAUCUCUUUACUCACUUCAUUAUCUCUCCCUCUUCUCUUUCUAUAUAUCCUUCUUCUUGUUAACCCUAAUAAAAGGAUCGAUCUUUUCUUUAUUUUUAUUUUUUUUAUUUUUGUUUGGUUCGAUCUCUGUUUUGCUGCGUUUUCUCUGUUUUCUUAACCGUGUUUGGUUCGAUCGAAGAAGAAUCGAAGAAGAAUGGAGUUUACAGAUUUCUCAAAGACGAGUUAUUACUACCCGUCGUCGCAAGGGGUUUGGGAUUUCGGAGAUUUAGCGGCGGCGGAGAGGAACAACAACUCCUUAGGGUUUAUGGAGUUAUUAGGUUCUCAACCUCAUCAUCACGAUUUCGCUACUACUACUGUUUCCCCUCAUUCUCUCCUUAUCGAAACGCCACAGACGCAGACGCAAACGCAGCUUUCGACGAAACUGUCUUCUCCUGUUUCAACCAUCCUUCAAGCUCCUCCACCGUCUGAUAAAGCGGCCUCAAAGGUGGAAUCUUUUUGUUCGGAUCAGUUCUCUAUUAAUCCACCGGCGACUCCUAACUCUUCCUCCAUUUCUUCUGCUUCGAGCGAGGCCGUUAAUGAAGAGAAACCAAAACGAGAGGACAACGAAGUAGAAGAAGAAGAGAAGAGUCAUCAUCAUAAUACUAAGAAACAGUUGAAAGCAAAGAAGAAUAAUAAUAAGAAGAGAGAGAGAGAGGCAAGAGUCGCAUUCAUGACAAAGAGUGAGGUUGAUCAUCUCGAAGAUGGCUACCGCUGGCGCAAAUAUGGUCAAAAAGCUGUCAAAAACAGUCCUUUUCCCAGGGGUUACUACCGAUGCACAACGGCUUCAUGUAACGUGAAGAAGAGAGUAGAGCGAUCAUUCAGAGAUCCAAGCACUGUAGUUACGACCUACGAAGGUCAGCACACACACAUUAGUCCACUCACGUCUCGUCCUAUCUCCACUGGAGGUGGUUUCUACGGAUCAUCUGGAGCUGCUUCCAAUCUCGGUAAUGGUGGUUGCUUUGGCUUUCCUUUAGAGACUUCCACGUUAAUCUCCCCUCAGUUCCAACAGCUUGUCCAUUACCACCAACAACAACAGCAACAAGAACUCUUGUCUUGUUUUGGAGGAGUCGGCGAGUACCUUGAUACCCACGGUAAUGAUGAGUUUGGUGAUGAUGACGAUCGUGUGAAAAGGAGUCGAGGUUUGGUUAAUAAAGAUAAUGGACUUCUUCAAGAUGUUGUUCCAUCUCAUAUGCUCAAGGAAGAGUAGUAGUAUAUAUUGUAAUUCACAUCUAGGUUUUCUUAGAAUGUAUAAUUGUCUAAAAGAAACGGAUCUUUCCUUCUCGUGAAGGGGAUAUGUUUUCUUGUGGAUCUACUAAAGAUUUUUCACCAUGGAAUCAUUACACAAAAACAUGUACUAGUUUUCUUUAAAAAUUGGUGGAAUAGUUAA